UCAGGUUACUGCUAUUGACGUUACUGUUGCUGCUGUUAACGCCUGUUGUGCUGUUGGUUGAAACGUCGCUGUUCACAUCGCGCGCCGACAUGUCUAAAGUAAAAUCUCUCAACAUCUCGAUCAGCCUCAACGCUUUCACCCUCGACAUGUACAAGGUUUUGUCGGAGAAAGCUCCAGACAAAAACCUGUUCUUCUCACCACUAAGCGUGAUGACAGCCCUCAGCAUGACCCUCAUGGGCGCUAAACAAACGUCGCGCGAUCAGCUCGCGGUUGCCCUCAAGCUUCACCCUCACUCCAACGAUGCUGUUAAAACUGCCUUCGCUGCCGCUCUUGAUGCCUUCAACAAAAUUCCUGAAGGCGUGCAGAAGCUGUACGAACUUCAUGUCGCCAACAAUAUGUACGUCUCGCACAAGCUCGACCUACAGCAGGAGUUUUCCGAUGCCCUAACGCAGCACUUCCAGGCCGCUGCUAAGGUGGUUGACUUCGGUGGCCAGACAGAAGCAGUGCGUCAAGAGAUCAACCAGGCGGUCGAGGAAGCAACCAAGAACAAGAUCAAGAACCUCAUACCUGAAGGCAUACUGGACGCUUUAACGCGUUUGGUGCUAGUGAACGCCGUCUACUUCAAGGGGCUCUGGACGAAGCAGUUUGACAAAGCCCGGACGCAGGACUUGCCUUUCUACACUGAUGGGAGAAACAGUGUCAAUGUCCCCAUGAUGAAGGCCAAAGAAGAGUACAGAUACAUGAUUAGGAAGGAUCUCAAAGCUACCGUGCUCGGCAUGGACUAUCAGGGCGGCAACCUAAGCCUGGUUAUCGUGCUACCAGACAAGCGUACGGGUCUGGCAAAGGUAGAGCGCAAGCUGCAGGGGGUCGACCUACGCGAACUCUUCGACUCGGGGCGAAAAGUUGAGGUGGAAGUGACCAUCCCGCGCUUCAAGAUGGAGUACUCCGAGGAUCUCGUGGCACCUCUCCAGGCGUUGGGUGUGCGCGACAUGUUCGGGUCUUCAGCGGAUCUGAGCGGCAUAGGAGGGCUGCCCGGCGACCUCUACGUCUCCAAUGUGCUGCACAAAGCCUUCAUCGACGUCAACGAGGAGGGCAGUGAAGCCGCCGCUGCCACGGCCCAGGUGAUCAUGGCCCGUAUGGCGAUGGUGCGCACCAUUCCGCCGUUCGUAGCGGACCAUCCCUUCGUAUUCCUCCUGCAGGAUCUGCAAUCCGGAAUUACGCUCUUCGCCGGACGGUAUUCCCGCCCGGACGCUCUGCCACCCAAACAAGAACUUUAACUUUGAAGUGUUUCUUAUUUUGAUAUAUAAAUCGAAUAAAUUACUGUGGUAUAGGAUAUCCUUCUUUAUAAACAGGACUCUGAGUAUUAAUAAUAUAUAUGAAAAAUUUAUUUUAUAAUGCCGCAAAUUAUGUCCUUCCCUUCCUGAUGGCAUCUAAUACCAACUAAAAUAAUAAUAAUAAUCAAUUCAUAUAUCAACGUCUUCAUUAUGUGGUGUGUGUAGCUUCUUAAUUUUCUGAACGAAGAACUCUGAAAUGUUGGUAUUUUUAUACGAAAUAAAUGCAUUGUCCAUACACAAUAAAGUGUGAAGAGAUAA